AUGUGCCGAGGACUUGAUCUACUGCCAGUCACAUGCCUCGAAAGAGCCAAAGAGCUGAAAGCUCUAUUUGGAAAUUUGCUGCACAAAUCGGAUCACAGCAUCCCUGUGCAACCCCCAAAAAGUGAAACUCACAGUGUUGAUGAGCGCACGAAAUGGAAGGACUCAUUUGAAAAACUGCUGUCUAGUCAAAAUGGGCUAUGUCUAUUUCGAGCUUUUCUCAUGUCAGAAUUCAGCGAGGAAAAUAUUGCCUUCUACUUGGCAUGUGAAGACUACAGGACUUUGAAACCCUCGAAAAUGGCCGUUAAGGCCAAGCAAAUCUUCGAUGAGUUCAUCAGUACAGAUGCACCCCGAGAGGUAAAUCUUGAUCACGUCACUAAAGCGAUCACCAAAGAGAAUGUAGAGCAUCCCUCCAAGUCAUGUUUUGAUCUGGCCCAAGCCAAAAUUUAUACUCUGAUGGAGAAGGACUGCUACCCUCGCUUCCUUAAGUCCUUGAGCCAACAGAGUGGACUAAACAACUUUAUCAAGAACUGUGCAGUGAGUGGGAGGCAGAUGUGA